AUGAUCACUCUUGAGAUCCUGCUGUCACAGAGACGACGAUCUGGAAGAGUUGAAAGGCAAACCGCGACAACGACAAGAGGAUCGAAUCCCAAACGGCUCCUCCCACACAGUCAAUCACACCUCUGUCGACGACAUCCUUCGAAAACUCGUCCCCAUCGCUUACCGCACAUCAUGGGUAAAGUUCACGGAUCCCUCGCCCGUGCGGGCAAAGUCAAGUCUCAGACCCCUAAGGUCGAGCCUCAAGAGAAGAAGAAGACCCCGAAGGGUCGCGCCAAGAAGCGUCUGCAAUACACCAGACGAUUUGUUAACGUCACGAUGACCGGUGGAAAGCGAAAGAUGAACCCCAACCCUACGUCAUAAGCGCAUUUAUUUACGGUUUUCUUUCCUGUAUUGCUUUGUGUUUUAUGUGUUGGGAACCCUUUAUCUCUUAAACUGGCCCGAGAUGAAAAUUGAAAUUAUGGACAACGAACGAACGAACACAUGGAGGUCUUAACACGAUCAAUUUGCGAUGUGCCAUUACUCUUAUUGCAAGGUGGUGGAAGGGUGGAGUUGGAAAGGGGAGAUAUCGUGUAUAUUCAUGGACACGAAAACAGGGGACUCCGCAAGUCUAGGGAAAGGACUGGUCAGCCUGGUUACAAUAUCUCUCGGCACAUUUGUGUAAAAACUUCCUGAACAUAUAUCUACUCUUGUGUCGGGUACUUCACAAUUCAAAUUUCGAUUUUCUUCCCAC